UCAUUUCGCUUGUACCUCUUCAUUGACUCCGGACUGUGUCAUUAUAUUUUCUUCAUUUUUAUCGCCUUUAAAAAUAAAAACUUAUAAGUAUAUUAUUAUUUUUAUUAACUACUCUAACGUACCUAAAUGUUGUUCAUAACACUACAAUAUAUUCCGAAGUAGAUGAAUGAAAUGAAAUAUAUAACGRUCAGUGAUUAAUGUUGUUUUUAUGGUUUUUCCUCGUAGCAUAAUUCUACUUUGGUAAGUAAACGCCACCGUCUUGAAGAUAUGGAUACGUCCUCAGAUUCGGACAGCGCACUUUCACCUGGCGAUUACGAUCAAGUGUCGUAUAACGCGGCGGCCGCGAUGACUGGUUACGACGACUCGGCGAUCAUCAAGUCUCCGUCUAGACACUCAGAGUCCUCGGACAGUGGUAGYGAUGUCGCGGAACCACGUGGCGCCUUGGCCCAUCACAAGUUCUCCAUAGACCGUAUCCUAGGCCGAUUCAAUGGUAAUGAUKCUACCGCCACGACGGCCAUCGACUCCUGUCCAGAAACAUCAGACCCUGACAAUCGUCACCAAAAAGACUUGGCGUUGCGUGGCGUAGAUAACAUCGCGGAACUUAACGGUCAUAACUUUCCUUACUCGUCGUUGCUGUAUGGCGGGUGGUUUGCUGYUGCGGCUGCUGCAGCGGUAGCUAACAAGACACCACCGUCYCAUUUAUUCGGUCUUCAGGGCUGCUUAGAAAAAACUCGGAGACAUUCUCUCAUUGUCGAUCGUCGAGAAACAUUAAUGUCUAUUGAAACACAGCACUAUAUUAAGGGACGAUUAAAAGUGGCAUGA